AUAAACCCCAUAAACCCCAUAAAAACCCCAUAAACCCCAUAAAAACCCCAUAAAGACACCUCAGAAAGCAGCAGCAAAACCCCAUUGACCCCAUUGGGGAUCCCGGCCCUAUAUGAUCCCAUAUAUCGUAUUAAUAUGGCAAUAGUGGAGCCUGAAACCCUACAGGGGGAUCCUAUACAUGGUGAUCCCAUACAGAGCACCAAUAGGGCCCAAUCCCAACCCCAAACCCCAUAUAGUGACCAGUCUAUACCCUAUGGCGACCAAUCCAAACCCCAUAAGACCCAAGCCCUAUAUGAUGAUCAAUCUAGACCCUAUAACCCCCAAACCCCAUAUAGUGACCAAUCUAAACCCCAUAGGCCCCAAACCCUACAAGAUGACCCCAUACAAACCCAAUAUGGCGACAUAUCUAGACCCUAUAAGCCCCAAACCCCAUAUAGGGACCCAUAUAUCCCCCAUAACCUAUAUGAUGACCUAUAUAUCCCCUAUAAGCACCAUAUAGAGCUCCAUAGCGCCCUCCUCCACUAUAUAACCUUCACCCAACAACGAAGCUUCAAUAAGUUGACCCAAAUCCACCGCGACCGCUCCAACCUCCCCAUAGCGCCCUAUAGGGCGGCCAUCUUGGAUGCUUUGGAUCAGAACCGAGUGGUUCUGGUAUCGGGGGAUCCGGGAUGUGGGAAAUCUACCCAAGUUCCUCAAUUCCUAUUGGAGGGUGGUUACAAACACGUGGCCUGCACCCAACCACGGCGCAUCGCCUGCAUCGCGUUGGCCAAUCGUGUGGCCUAUGAGAGUCUGCAGCAAUAUGGACAGCAGGUCAUUUACAACCCCAUCCCUAAAGAAGAAUCCGAAUUCACCCCGACUAAAUGGGAUCGUUUGGACCCCAGACCCUAUUUAAGGGUAUUAGAAUCUAUCGACCGACGCUUCCCCCAGGAGGAAUGUGGGGAUCUCUUGGUGUUUCUCAGUGGGGUCCCUGAGAUUGGGGUCGUGAUGGAGGCGGUUCGAGGUUACGUCGAGACAUCGGGACGUUGGGUUCUGUUACCCCUACACAGCGCCCUGCCCGUGGCUGAGCAGGAUAAGGUGAUAAUGGGGGGAUAUAGGGCGGGAUAG